AGCUGCUCGUACGGCGGCAGUGGCAGUCUGCGGCAGGAUCGUGCCUGCCGUGCGUAUCUCUCGCUUUCAGUAUGAAGCCGACGAUCGUGCCAGCUGCAGCGGCUGCACCUGCCGCAACGUCUCGCGCGACGAGGCGCGACCACCGUGCUGUACCGUGCCGCGUCUGCGAUACGCGUUGCCUUUCCUCCUGAUCAGUGGAUAUCCCCGCGUACGUCCCGAAAUACUCCGUCCUCGUCUCGUCGAGGGGAUCAUCUCGGCGGGGAUCGUCUCCCCAAAAGCGGAUCGAUCGCCGGCCGUAUACCCGGAAGGGGAACCGCGAUCGUUGACACUCUUUCUCUCUGCAAAGAGUGCCGAAAUUCGCCGAGGCGUGUGCUCGUGCACGUGUCCCACCCAGAUGAACAGAGAUAAUCGCCCGUGCAUCCAGUAUACGCCGGCGAGUUGUCGCGUGUGAAAGAAACUGUGCGGCUUGAGGAGACCGGCUUGGACUAAAAGUGAAAACUCCUUCGUCCUUCAAUACUGUUCAAUACUGCCUUCAUAUCGGAUCCUCUUCAUUCACUGAAGAACCUUGGUAAUUAGACAAGAGCAAUAGACUUCCUGGAUAAGACGAUCAUAGCUACGGCAAGAUUUCGCAAUGCCACCACCGCAUCAUCAUUAGUGGUGGGCCCUCGUAAUGGCCUCGAUUUUAGGAGAUGGAACGGGUCCCGGAGGCCCCGGGACCUCCCGAUGCCUCUUGCUUUUACAAAGAUCCCUAGCGAUUCAGCUGAGCAGAGGUCCACCUUCUCACAUUGCAAACGCCAAUCAGCGGGAAAGUCCGAAGGAACAUCCAGCCGAUGAAAUGUGGAUGUACGACAAAGGUUACAAUCUGUUUCAGAGCUUCUUGGAAGCAAAUUCCAAAUGCUGGUGGAACGCGGCUCUGGUGGAUGCGACACGGCAGCUCAGGUACAAGGGGCACGUGUCACCGGGUGUACUGAUGGUUAGCGGACCGCCCUGCGCCCUCGAGGUUUUGAGGGCGGCAUGGGCGCGAAACGUUUUACGACCACCCGCGGACCAUUCCAUCACCUGCCUCGGUGAUAUAGAGGACUGUCUGGUAGCUCCAGUUUCUCAAGGUCAGUUCACGCCGCUGCCAGAGGCUCUGUGUUGGGCCAUUCUGGAAUUGACUUCCCAGAGGCAGGCGGCGACCUUGGACACCCUCAGAUCAGCCCUGAGAAACGCCUUCCCGGCCAUGCAGAGGCCCAGCCGAGAGCUCGUUUACGACGCGCUGGCCAAGCUCAUGCAAGAACGAAAGAUCUAUCACACGUCUCAGGGCUACUUCGUCGUAACACCCGAGACCAAGAGGCUUAGACGCGACUCCGGUAGCUCUAGGCGGUGUUCCAGGGACGUGAACGGGUCCAGAGGUCAGGGUAGCAUGCUGAUGAGCAACGAUGAGGCGAUGGCACUCGUACACGGCGAGAUGCUUACUUUGCGAGACGGCGAUGUUACGCAUCAGGCCGUACAGACAAACUUGGCGGACGUUAUUUGCGGAGGAAAUCCCAACGACAAGGUACUGUUCGCCAGGUGUCGGUCGAUGCCCGGUCGUCUCGAGAGGCGACACUCGUUACGGCUCUGGGGCUCGGCCAGACGUUUGCACAGAAGCGGAAGUUCGCGGUCCCUGCCGCGAAGACCCGAAAGGAGCGAUACGUCUUCCAGCGCGGAAUACGCCAGUACGGACAGUGCGCCUCACAGUCCAACCAGCUUUUCUGGGAUUUUUUCAGAGAAGAUAGGCCUGCUCUCCAGGCUCUUUCGGCGGAGCACACGGAGGAAGGGCACACCAUUAAUGGGCACUUUCAGUGCUCAGUAUCCCCCCACCGAGUGGUUUAAUCCGCGCGUUGUGCAUUUGCACAGCGUUGCCACGCAGACAAGGGCCGCCAGUCCUUCGAUGAUGGAGGGUCUCAAUCAGUCGCAGGCUAGUUUUCAAGUAUGGGACGAUUCGAGCUCGGUGCGAUCAGCCACUCUGCCGAGGCGACAUCGGCGUCAAGCGAGCGGUGAUUCCUCGAGCUUAUUGGCCAAUUCGACGCCAAGGAGCUCUCGAAGGCAUCGAUCACCGUGUUCUACUCUACCGAGAUCCAAGUGUUCCAGCUUGAGCAGAUGCACGUCUAGAGCAUCCGUUUUACCGCCUGGCACUACCAAUCAGGAGGCCUAUCAAGCGCGUAAUCAGGCGCAGAAUGAUAAAAAUUCAACCAACUCGUCGCCAAGCAGAAGCGGCGGCAGCUCGGGUUCGGUUAGGACAAUGACUGCGAGUCCGGCUAAGACGACUACGUUGGGGAGGCCUAACACAAGGCAGUCUAACUCUAGAAGACCGAGUCACGACUUUAGCAACGGCACUAAAUCGGCUAACGGCUCUCCACAACAUAAAGUAUUACAAAAAACUUCAUCGGGUCACUCGUCUCACUCUAGUGGCAAGUCAGUGUCCAGCACGAAGCUGACUUGCUCGCCAUUGAAAACAGCCACGCUGUCGACGAAAUCGUCACCGCUCAAAGUCGUUCAGCAAAGUUCGCUAACUCCUCUGCAAGAGGCACAGAAUUCAAUAACUCUUCAGGUGUCCACUAAUCUGAGUCCGUCGUCGCAAGAGCAACGAACGAUACAGAAUAGCGUGACGCUAGCUUCUAAUACAACCAGCACGACGACCAUUUCCGGCUCGCCUGGCACGAAGAUCUACGUUCAACAAAACAACUCGCCAAUGAGGUCCGUGAUCACCUUCGAGGAUGGCACGGUAAAGACGAAGAUUGCCGAGAAGGAAGUAAUCGAUUGCAAGGAAAAACAGGAGAGAGAACUGGUAGCCGAAAAGGCCUACAAGACUCGGGUGGAUGAGGAGAAACUCUUCAAAUCAAAGUUAGAUGACGAGAAGCUGAACAAAUGCUCGAUCAAGGUUGAGCGUCCAUCGUCACUCUAUGCCCCAAAGGAGCUUAAAACGAGUCUUCUUCUAUCAGAAUCUGAUAAGGAAAAUAAGCCGAAGAUCGAAGAGGAGGUGCCUAACAAAUUGAAAUUGACGAACCGUCUGAACAAUAGUCAGGUUCAUUUGAUCGAUGGUUCUACCAACAACGUCGAAAAAAAUUCUUUAGUACACGAGGCCGCUGCUUUGUCCUCUACGAAAAAUACUAACGACGCAAUGAACAAUUCGCGCAAACUCAGUCUGUCGUUAUCGAAGGACGCGCUGAGCUAUCGUAACCUGCUGCGUCCAGGUUCGAAAAACAAUAUUGCCUCGAAUCCACCGUCGCCCACGAAAUCGUAUGACGGUUUCGGUGGCUCUUUCAAUGACGUUUACAUCGAAAAUUUGGAGACAGUAAAACAACAACGGGCUCCGCAAGGUUCCGAGCCUAAUCUGGAAAAGACCGUGAGCCGAGGCUCGGAUUUGCACUCUUAUCCCAGUCUUAGUGACAUGCAAGUUCAGUUCACCAGUCUGGCGGCACAGAAAAUUCUCAAAGGCUGUCCGAUCAACAGCGUGGAUACUCUGGUGGAGGUGAACAUGGCGGCCGCCGAUAAGCCUAACAAUUGCGACGUCACUAUUCACACGGAUUUUGGUCUUGUUUGAAAUUUUAUCCUUGUUGAGAUUAAUGUCACAAAUGAAGACAAGAAACUGUCAAUCCUUCCAUCUUACUCUGGCAUAUUCCAUCCAUGAAAAACAACGUGCCUCGAGACGAAUAAUAUCGAAGAAUAAAUGUCGCUAACGCGCCUUGCUUUACAUCAAGAUAGGGAGCUAUUUUUUUU